AGAUGAUCAUAUUCAAUUACAUCGACACCGUCAUCGUCUUUGUGGUGCCAUUCACAAUCAUCCUGGUUCUGAAUUCGAUCACCAGCUACACGGUCUGGAGGGUUGCAAAUCUGCGGCGCAGCAUGACCCUGAUUCGGCGCACUGGUGAACACAGAAAACAGACCAAUGGAGAUCUCCAACGACAGCUCAGUAUGCAGAAGGCGGCCUGUGCACAUCCGAAUGGCAGAAACAGCGUACUCAAACCGAGACCGGCAAUCGGCCGGAUAGUCAACUCCCAGAUGAAGGUCACCAAGAUGCUGCUGAUUGUGUCGUCCGUCUUUGUAUGCCUCAAUCUGCCCAGCUAUUUGAUGCGUGUCCGAGCGUUUAUAGAGACCGAGCCAUCGAGCCUGACGGUGCUCAUCCAGUACUACUGUUACCUGUUUUUCAUUUCCAAUUUUGGCAUAAAUUUCAUACUUUACUGCAUUAGCGGGCAAAAUUUUCGGAAAGCUGUACUGGAAAUGUUCAACCACGCGAGAGGUUUGACAAAAAGUGCGGAGCAUUUCAGCGGAGGAACGCAAACCGAGAUCCUACGAAGUUCCGGUUCGUUGCUACCGCUGAAAAGAUCCAACACAAUGACGCAGCAUCAUCGGGCCCCAUUCGAGCACGCUUCCGGCAGUUGUUCGUGGAACAGGACGGACAGUUCGGAUUUCCCGUCAUCUUACCUGAUGUCCUACCACCAUCCUUGAUGAAAAAGUCAUGCUUCCUUCCGGCGCUCAUCGACAUCGAAGAAACAGACGGAAUUGAGCAUCCACAUGAAGGAUUUAAGCCCGGUUCCGGUCCCAGAUGGUGGAGUUGAAAAAAGUUUUGCUGAAAGUUGCACUUGAAGGUGUUUAUUUACAUUUUUUCGAAAUUUGAACAUCGUGAUUACGUGUUAAUAUUACCAACAAUUAAUUUGGCCUUUUUUGGUGAUUGUAUUUGAAAAAGUAAAUAUUUUUAAAGAGUAAUUAAAGAGAAAUAUGUAUGUUUUGAAAAAAAAAAAAAUGUGAAAGCUCUUUAAGCCGAUCCUUCCAAAUAUUUGAAUUCAAUUCAGAGUUUUUAAUGGGUUCAAGAAAUCUCGGUUAUGAUUUCAUGCUUGAUCUGAUUUUUUUUAGUUUUUUCUUCUUAUCAUCAUCUUGGACUCUUUCAGCGAAUAGUAAUGUCCUUGAAAGGCGUACCAGCACAUCAUUACAGCAUACUCGGUACCAUUACCUCUGAGAUACAAUCCAUUCAGAUUGCUGGAAUGACAUUUGACAUACCACCAGGCACCACUGUAGACAGUUGCACAGUUGCUAUUUUCGAGAUCAUCGUUAUCGCGAUCGAACGUAGAAAAGCGCGCAUUUUUGUGUGGUGUCAGAGAAUCCCCCGCGGUGCCGCUGUAUGUUCCAAGCUUUGAUAAGGCGUAGAAUUUCUGCUCGCUAUCGAUAGCGAAUUCGCUGUAUCGUGCUUCUACUCGUUUUCCCUCCCAGUCUUCUAGCACGACGAGGAGCUCAUGAGGCGCACCAAACGUUAGCUGAUGUAUUUUAUCAAGUCCUAGCCAGAAUUCCCCAUCCAGAUGGCCGAAGCCUGAUUUAUAUUCAUUCCAUGUUCGCAGAAAAUUGACCGAUCCGUCAAAUCGAUGCUGGAUUACAAUCCAUCCGUUGACUUCAGAGUUCUGGUCGCAUUUUACCAAAAAUGGCUCUUGAAAACCUAAUUCAGGUUGAAUCACCUGAAGUGCUUGACUUUCUCUUCGACAUGUUUUUGGAAAAUUCAAACUCUUCGGCCCAACAACUGAACUCAACACAUUGGAAGAAACGCUUUCUUUCAGUUCUCGAAUACUUGCGGCGAUAGCGUCGAUCUGCAUUUGUGAGCUAAAAUUGUAAAAAAAAAUGAGCGAAACCGUCUAUGUAGAGUUCAAAAUUGUCUUACCCAAGAUUAGUCGAAUCUAAUUUAGAAAGCAGCAGCUCAUAUCCAAACCCGCAACCUUUAUCUUCCGAAUUGGAAGCUCCAGCUGGAAAACCAAACACCGCCACCACACACGAUGCUAAUUGUGCUGCAACGUAAAAGUAUCGAACCGAAAUUUUGCUCCUCAUGGUCGGAGUUGUUGUUCUUGACUAAACAACUUAUGUGCUGUGGAUAAACGAGACCGCGUCGUUAAGAUGUUGCAACGAACUGGUAAAAAAAAAGUCUGAUUGAAACUUAAAUACAUCCUCUGAUCAAGCGGAAACAGCAUUGCGGCAGACUUCGUUCGAAUUAGGUUAGGAAAAUUUCAUAAUUUCAUGAAGAAAUUUAGUGUAGAAACCAGAGAGUAAUUUUUCUAAGCCUUAGUAUGUACAAUUAUUGUUGAUUUCGUGAAAGCCUGGACAUUAGAAUGAGUCGAUUUGGGGUCGUUUUUGAAUUUCACAAACCCUGGGGUCUAGUAAGCUUCGUCUUGGUUCAAAACUGAUCCAUGAUUUUUUUUUGCAGAAUUUUGAAGUAACGUUAUGUCCUUGUAGCUUUGAAUAGAAAAAUUGAAUGAUGUUUACUGAAAAAUCAACCUCGUUUUUAUUUCCUCUGUGGAACCUUGCCUGCUCAUGAUUUUGUGCCAAUUUAUAAAUUCUUUCAAAGAAAUUUUUCGCUGAAAACUUUGUUAAAAACCGUUACUUCGUAUCUUAGUUAGUAAAAAAUGUAUUUGCUUUUUAACAGGGGUAAAUACCAGAUGGUUUUGUUAAAAAUCAGGACAACGCGAAGAAAAAAAUCAGGAUUUUUCAGGAUACCUAUGAAAUCGUAAAAAUAUUAUGCAGCUUUGUUUAGAUUGCAUAAAUAAAGGCGAAAUACAGGUGCUGUAAACGGCUUAAUUCAUGCAACAGACGUGAGCAGUUUCUUGGCUGGCCUGCAGUUCAUAUCGAAAAAUACCAUUUAAAUAUUAUCUGAACCAAUUUUAAUCAUCGGUUAUAACGACUUUAACUUUUUUAAUGACGAUUUGUUCGAAGUUUUCAUAGUUCAAAAAUCAGGACAAUUCGAAGAAUUUUGAUAAAUCAGGACGGUUUCUCGAAAAUCAGAACAAAUCCUGAUAAAUCAGGACACCUGGCACCUCUGUUCGCCAGUCACGCUGGAGAAAUGUUGACAUGUAGAGCUUGGCCAGCCACA